UAAUCUCAUCCCCUCCUAUAUUGCUAUACUCUGAUUAAAAAAAUAAAAAGGACAUGUUCUAUAUAUAAACUACUAGUAAUUAAAGCAGGAUGUAGAUGCAUAUAUUCGUAUUCCCAUUCCCCCUGGUGCUUCUUUUCUAUUUUGUUUUUUCCUGAGACUAAGACAGCGACGAGCCACCCCAUAUCCUUCCUGCCUUUCUUCCUUCGACCACGAUCAAUCAACCCCAUAUCCUUCUUCUUAUAUAUUCUUCUUCUCUGACGACCCAAUUACAUGCACGAUCAACUGAUAUAAAUUUAAAACCAGCAUACAUAUAUUUGCAUGUACUGAUACGUUCUGUAAUACAUGGCGCCAGAAAAUCCACGGGAUGAUCAAUCUGUACCGGAGAUAAAUCGGGAGCACGACGCCGGCGCAGUUUUUGUUUUGGAGUCCAAAGAGGAUUCUCCUUUUGUCCGGUCUGGCCAGGGGAGUGGUGGCAUGCGGGAUUUCAUCUGACGACAGCGAUAGUGGGGCCCACAAUACUGACGUUGCCGUACGCAUUCCGAGGUCUUGGAUGGGGUCUGGGCUUUUUCUGCUUAUCGGUGAUGGGGGCGGUUACGUUCUAUUCUUACUAUCUUAUGUCCUUGGUGCUUGAUCACUGUGAGAAGUCUGGACGUCGCCACAUCAGAUUCCGCGAACUCGCUGCUGACGUCUUGGGAUCGGGAUGGAUGUUUUAUUUUGUAAUAUUCAUUCAGACAGCCAUCAACACAGGCAUUAGCAUAGGAGCAAUUCUGCUUGCUGGGGAAUGCCUACAGAUCAUGUACUCAAACCUUUCUCCAAAUGGGUCACUGAAGUUGUAUGACUUUAUAGCAAUGGUGACUGUAGUGAUGAUACUCCUAUCCCAGUUUCCAACCUUCCACUCCCUCAGGCAUGUUAAUCUUGGUUCGCUGCUUCUGAGUCUGGGCUACACUUUGCUUGUAGUCGGUGCUUGUAUACAUGCAGGAACAUCCAAGAAUGCACCUCCUAAGGACUAUUCUUUAGAAGGCUCAACAUUGUCUAGGAGUUUAAAUGCUUUCGCUUCAAUAUCUAUUAUAGCUGCUAUUUAUGGAAAUGGGAUACUACCCGAAAUUCAAGCUACUCUAGCUCCACCAGCCACUGGGAAGAUGUUUAAAGGUCUUGCAAUGUGCUAUGCUGUAAUCUUUGUGACUUUCUACUCUGCUGCUGUUUCGGGAUACUGGGCAUUUGGGAAUAAAUCGAACUCAAACAUUCUCAAGAGCUUGCUGCCAGAUGAGGGACCUUCCUUGGCUCCCACAUGGGUAUUAGGUCUUUCAGUUGUCUUCAUUCUCCUUCAACUAUUUGCCAUUGGCCUGGUCUAUUCUCAAGUAGCUUACGAGAUCAUGGAGAAGAAAUCAGCUGAUGUAAACAAAGGAAUUUUCUCCAAAAGAAAUCUAAUCCCAAGGAUAGUUCUUCGGACACUCUACAUGCUAUUUUGUGGGUUCUUUGCAGCCAUGUUACCAUUCUUUGGGGACAUCAAUGGUGUUGUGGGAGCCAUUGGAUUCAUCCCGCUAGAUUUCGUACUGCCGAUGCUUCUUUACAAUAUGACACAUAAACCCUCAAAAUCAUCCCUCAGUUUUUGGAUCAACAACUCCAUCAUCAUCAUCUUCACAGGUGUAGGACUUUUGGGCUCAUUUGCUUCAAUUAGGAAAUUAGUUAUAGACGCUAAAAUGUUCAAACUCUUCAGCAGUGAUGUAGUUGAUUAACUCCUCCUAUAUGCCACAGGAGUAAUUUUAAAAAGUUAUAGAACUGAAAGAGGUAAUCCACAAUACGAAUCAUAAUCUGCUACCCCUUCAUGUUACUGUUUCA